AUGGAAGGAAAUUCUUCGGAUCCGAGUGAUGUUUCCCAAAAAUCUUGCUACGUAAAAUUCGAGGAGGGAGUCGAAAUAAAUAGUUUUGAAUUGGUGCCCACUAUCAGUAAUAAAAUUAUUGCUGUUGAAGAAGUCGCACCGAGGAAGGAAAAUGUUAAAUAUCCCCAAAUAGAUUACCAUCACCACCAUUUCUACUGUCAACAUCAACAAUUACCAACAGCUCGGAGACUAUCCAGGGCUGAAAAGCAAGAGGAAUGGAAGCAAAUGGGAUCGGAUGCCUUGGCUACGGCACUUUCAGCCCUUUACGGGAAACUCCUGGUAGUCAUGGGCACGGCUUUCCCUAUGGCGGAAGUCAUUUCCACUUACAUACCGCCUUCUUUCUACGAAGCUUACUAUCUUUACCUGUACAUAGGCAGCAUGUUUUUUCUAUUGUACAUGUACAUAGUUUUGGCUAAUGACAAAAGGAGGAGUAAAAAAGAUGCAGAGUCGACACCUAGUGAUAAUAAAGAAUCAAAUAGUGAUGAUGAUGAAAACGAUUCAAACGAUACGACCUGUUCCCAACCAGUUCCUUACAGACCUAGAAAACCAUCAGUAUCAUUAAUUGAUAGCAAACAAAAUCAUUACGGUAGUUUUUAUUUGAGAAUGGGAGCUAUAGCGUUUGGUAUAGGCAGCAUGAUAUACUCCGGCCUGGAAUUCGGGCAAUAUUUCGAACUGGAAAGGGACACGAAGUGCCACAACGUCCUGCUAGCGCUCACACCUGCCACUAGAAUGGCUUUCAUUUUCAUACAAAUGUAUUUCAUUUUCCUAAACAACGAGCAAAUAAGAGUGUACAAGCAAAAACUAGCAGCGAGAUUCGGCCUGAUGCACAUGAUAGGCACUAACCUAUCCGUGUGGUUGAAUGUUCUGGUGCAAGAAACGAAACACGAGAUACUAACGUUUUAUAAUCCCGAGAACAACUCUUUGCGUAUAUCCCACAGGAUACCUUACAAAAUCCACGCGCAUCCAUUGGAGCAUCGAUCCGAAAACACCACCCAUCACCACGUGGCCCCUAGAGGUUUAAAAGGACCCCAUCACCUCUACGAGUGCAGACGAACCAACAUCAUAGGCUCUUUAGUGCAAGACGCCUCGCCCUUUCUCUUCCCUUGCACCAUCGAGUACAGUCUAAUAUGCGCGGCUAUACUCUACGUAAUGUGGAAAUGCAUCUCCAAGCUCCCGCUCACCUCCUCCCAAUCGAAAUUGGAAGAACUAAGGCUGAGCAAGCACAAGCGCAGCCCGCACCAUUACUCGGUGGAUUGCGCCAGGGCGCAGAAGGGCCUGUUCCUGGGCAUCCUGCUGCUGGUUCUCACCAUUAUCUCGCUGAUAUUGUUCUUCGUGCUGAUAUCGCGCGCGGAUUUCAUCGGGCUGGCUGUUGUCGAAGUGAACAUUUGCGAACUGGCCCUGUACGGGCUCACUACCACCGCUUCGAACAUAGGCAUGUGGCAAAUGCGGCAUUUGAAGUACAACGCCAGCAAGAACCUCCACUUGGACAACAUACUGCUCAUUGGCGCCCAAACGGGGAUGUUCAUAUACAGUAUGUUUACGAUAAUCGGUGGGCAGUUUACUAUACAGAAAAGCACUGUAUUGGUGUUAAUAACGGCUCUAUCGUCUUUAAUACAAACUGCUUGCCAGACUAUUUUUAUCUUGGACGCUUCUAGAAGGACUUGCUAUACACCCGAGCAGAUGAAAAGGAAGCCCGGAAGGCAAAUCGUGACGUUUCUAUUGAUAACUAAUUUAGCCAUGUGGGCGAUUAAUACGUUGGAAAAAUCGAGGGCUGAAUCGCACCCGAUUCAACUGCAUUUCUACGGGCUGUGGGCUUGGACUAUUAUCACUCACGUCUCAAUGCCCUUGGCCAUAUUUUACAGGUUCCAUUCGACCGUAUGUUUGUGCGAAAUAUGGAAACGAACGUACAAAAUGAAACCAGCGUACUUGUAA